AUGAAGCCGAUCUACACCCUCGAUGACUUCGCGGCUGGCGGUCUCGAGAACCGUCGCGUGCUGAUGCGGGUGGACUUCAACGUGCCGAUGGAGAGCGCUGCAGACGGCGGCCGCCGGGUGAUGGACGCGACGCGUCUGGAGCAGGCCUUGCCGACCGUUCGCGAGUUGCUGGCGGCGCGCGCUCGGCUGGUCUUGAUCUCGCAUUGCGGCCGGCCCGGCGGCGAGUCCGAUGCCGAGCUCAGCUUGCGCCCAGUGGCCGACCGUUUUGGCGAGCUGUUGGGCCAGCCGGUUGGUUUCGGCGAAGACUGUGUUGGCGAGGCGGCUCGCCGGGCAGUCGAGGCUACCGAGUCCGGCGGUGUGACGUUGCUCGAGAAUCUGCGGUUUCAUGCGGCGGAGAAGGCCAACGAGGGAGAAUUCGCCGCCCAGUUGGCCCAGCAUGGCGAGGUCUACGUCAACGAUGCCUUUGGCACGGCCCACCGGGCCCACGCCUCGGUAGUCGGGGUGGCCGAGCGGAUCUCCCGCCGGGCCGCCGGCCGCCUGCUGCAGCCCUUUGUCGGCAUCCUCGGCGGCGCCAAGGUGAGUGGCAAGAUCGAGACCCUGCUCAAUCUGCUGCCCCGGCUAGACGUGCUGCUGCUCGGUGGUGGCAUGGCCAACACAUUUCUGGUCGCCGGCUCGGGCUGUGACUUGGCCAAUUCGCUGGUCGAGCCCGAGCGUUACGACGUGGCGCGUGUGAUCCUUGCCCAGGCUGCGGCAGCCGACACCGAGGUGUUGUUGCCUACCGACCUGGUGGUGACCGACGACUUCGAAAGACCCGGGCGGAUCGAGCAAGUGGCGGCCGAUGCCGUACCGGCCGGCAUGCUGGCGGUGGAUAUCGGCGAGGAGUCUCGGCGCCGAUUUGCCGCUGCGGUCGCGAAGGCCGGCACGCUGUUCUGGAAUGGGCCGCUCGGGGUGUUCGAAAAGCCGCCCUUCGAUGCCGGAACCGAAGCCAUAGCUGACAGCUUGGCUAGCUGCCCCGGAUUUACCGUGAUUGGUGGCGGCGAGACGGUGGCGGCAGUGAGCCGUGCUGGCGUCGCGGACCAGCUCGGCCAUGUCUCGACUGGCGGCGGCGCCUCGCUGGAGCUGUUGGCCGGCAAAUCCCUGCCAGCCGUGACGGUGCUGGAGAAGACGAUAUGA